AUGGGGGACGAUAGGGACCAAUCUUCAAGCCAAUCACUAAGAGAUGAAGAAAUCAAUGAUAUGAAUAGAGAAUUGCAACUUGAAGCUCAAGGAGAUAUCGAAUUGACUGAUAGUGAAGGAGAAGAUGAAUUUAUUAGGAAAUAUGGAGAUGUACAAUUUCAAUACAUCAAAAGACCAAAAGAUGCCGUUUGGUUUAUUAAACCCCAUGCUCUUAAUUACUUCAAAGAUGGAGUUUUGUAUAGAACUAAGGGUGAAAGGUCAUCAUCUAAAACAGAAUUAUUCUUAGAUUUGAUGUAUGUGGGGAUAAUUGCCAAUUUAGCAGGAGAUGCCACUGAGAAUGCAAGUUGGGGUGCUUUACUUAAAUAUAUUUUAGUGUUUAUUGGAAUUUGGACAGUUUGGUGUGAUAUCAAGGAUUUUACCAAUUACUAUUACAAUGAAGAUUUAUCCCAAAAGACCUAUAUUUUAUGGAUUUUGAUCUUAUUAACAAUUAUCUGUAAUAAUACUGCCAACCUUUUAGAAGGUAGAAAAGGUGCUGAGUAUGUAAUAAUUCCUUAUAUUCUUUGUAGAUUUUCAUUAUGUAUUUCCAAUUUCGUUUAUUCCUUUUGGAUAGAAGAACAUAGAGCUCAACAAAGAUUAUAUAGUGCAACAUUAUUUGUUACUUGUUGUCUUUGGAUUAUUGUUAUCUUUGUUGAUACCAGAACGAAGAUAGCAUUAAGUUUUGUGUUUUACUUCUUGGAACAACUUUCAUUUAUGGUUUGUUACCAUCCAAGAACAAAAAAGUUAAUGGGAUUAACUACAUCAACUGCCUUAAAUAUAGAACAUGAAGUAGAAAGAUUUUCUGUUUUUGUUACUAUUGCCAUUGGUGAAUAUUUGUAUAAGAUCGUUGCUGAUAGUCCUUUAGGUGCCGAAAUUCAAGAUCACUUCUGGAGAGGUAUUCUUAUAUUAAUUAUAGCUUAUGUCAUAUUUUGGAUUUAUAAUUAUGGUUCAACAUCGAAGAAAGCCACUCAUGCCUUAAGACAUUCUGGUUUGAGAGCAAUUGCUUGGAUCUAUGCCCAUUUACCUUUGGUUGCAGGUAUUGUGUUAUCAGCAGAUGCUGCAGGAGAUUUAUGUAAACACGAUGAAAUAUCCAUCAUAGAAAGACGAGAAGAAGAAGGAGGAGGAAUUGAAGAACCAGAGGAACCUUCAAUUCAAGCAGUGAAAUUUUUCUUCACUGGGGGAAUUUUCGUUGCACUCUCAGCCUUAACACUCUUAGGUUUCCUUGAUGAACCUAAAGAUAGUAAGGACCUUCAUAUUGUCAGUCGUUUUUGGAGAGUUAUAUUUAGAUUCCCAGCUGGGGUUAUCAUCUUAUGUUUACCAUUUGCCGAUAUCUCCAUUACAUUAUUGUUAGGUAUCACUACUAUCGUAUUGGUAGUGCUUUUAGUUUGGGAAAGUGUUACUUCAACUCCACGGAAAUGUUUACCAGGAUAUUCAUAA